AUGGACAUUUGGUACCGUGAUCCCUUAGGCAUUGGGCAAGACAGCUUCAACAUUCCGCCGAUGGACGAUUUUCGAGAAUUCGGCGGAGCCGAAACAGCACAAGUGAAAAGGUGCUUUUCUAGCUUGUAUUUACAUAUUAACUAUCAAAUUUGCUAGUUCUCAGCUUUAGAUAACGUUCUUCUAGGUAUGCUCAAGGAGUCAAGUUAUGUGACGUAACUGUCAACUUUGAAAGUUACAUCCCUUCGGAUGGUGCUCCACCUCCAGAUUGGUAAUGAUGGAUUCUUAUAUUAAUUAUAUCAUUUUUAGAUGAAAUAAACACAUUGAUUUGUUGAUAUGUUGAAUUUUAAUUAGAAAAACAGCUUUAAAAUUCAAUUUUCAAAAACUAUUAAAUAAUUUUCAAAUUAACCAAUAAAUUUUAAACCUUGCACCCUAAUAAAAAAUAACACAUGUAAUAUUUUUAAAAAUUUUUAUUCAAAUUAAUCAAAUUUAGGCCAAUUUAUUCUAAUUUUAUUUUUGCGUAUGUUUUGUCGCUUCGCGGUUCGCGCCCUCGCGAGCUCUCGAUAAUUUCUUUUUUCUGGAAAACAAGCUCGGAAAGGGUCGUUUUGCUGCACUUUUUGUUGUAUUUCUCCGAAUAUUUUUGUUGUUCUAAUGUAAACGGGUAUUUUGUAGUAGAUUAUAUCAGACUUUCAUUGGUAAGUUGACUUAAGUUAUUUUAUCUUGAUCUUAUUUUAGUUUCAACUCGCUUUUUUGUAUCUAAAACAUUGUUUUAGAUGAAUAUGAGCCAAAAAAAGAAAAAUGAGUCAAUAUUGUUUAUUUUUACACAAUAAUAUUUAUUUCAUGUUUAGUAAUUGAACGGGUAUUAAUGGAGACAGUUAAUCUAAGCUGUUUGGUUGAUAACAUAGGUGAUUCGACGGUCGGGUUAAUCAAACCAAAAUGGUAUUAUACCAAAGCCGAGCUUAUGAGGUCUCCAAGUAUAAUGAAUGGUUUUUCGUACGAAAAAGAGCAGAGUUUAUUGCGACAAGCAGCUGCAUUUGGCCGAGAUUUGACUACAAGGAUGAAUGAGAUCAAUGAAUCGACGAAAUUGUGAGUUUCUUCUUGAUUUUUGUGUUCUUGCUUUAGGUAUUGAUGUUAACAUGAAGUGAAGAUGUUAAUUGUUGUAUUCUUGGGCUACGAUUAAAAGAUUUUUGGUUUAAAGUUUAGUUUUUUGACAAAAACGUUAAAAUUUCAACAUUUGGCGUCUACAACAAGGUGUUUUGGUCGAAAAUUUAAUUUUUUGGUUUUAAAACUCAAUUUUUUUAGGUUAAAAAUUUUGUGUAGAGUAAAAGCCGGUUUUUUAUUAGAAAGAUAUGUUUUUUUGAAGAUUAUAUAAACAUUAUUCGCCUUUUUAAGCUGUAAAUUAUAUAAUAUUAGCCAUAAAUCACAGGCAAUUUGAUGUUUUUAUGAUAUUAUCGCAUUUUAAAAACAAAUUAUACUGUUUUUGGUUUUAUAGGUCUACGUUAUGCCUUUCUGUUGCUAUUAUUCAUAUGAGACGGUUCUUUUUGAUAAACAAGCUGCAAGAUUACGAUCCGAGAGUAAGUGUUUUUGUUUAAUUUUGUAUUUUUAGCGAAAAAACGAAAUUUAAAGCUUGAAGUGAUUGGAAACCUUUAGAUUUUGUUGUUACAAGAUGCUUGGGGCUUUACUUUCUUAUAUUUUUUACGUUUUUAAUUGGUAAAGUUAUUAAAAUUACCUAAAUUAUGUUGUUAUAGGACCUAAUAACAGCAGCCUUGUUCUUAGCAUCAAAAUCUGAAGAAUGUUCACGACGCUUGAAGGAUUUUGUUCUUGUUUUCUUCAGAAUGAAGGUAGAGAUCGACUGUCCGAAAGAACAAUGGGACGAGAGGUCCAAAAUCGACCAAAAGACCUACGAUAGUGUGGCUGCUUAUAUAGUUUGGAUGGAAAGUUUGAUACUACAGACGAUUGGCUUUGAUAUGAACAUUCUAGUUCCUCAUACGUAUGUGUUGAAGAUGUGUCAUGACUUCUUUUUGGAUUCGAAAGCUCAAGAGAUUGGGUUUUUUCUGGCAACUGAUAGGUAAGUGACGUUUUUUUAUGUUGUAGUAGGUUUUUAGGGACAUUUUUGAUAUUGUAGUAGGUUUUUAGUGAAAUACUUUGAGAUAUUAGUAGGUUUUUGCUGAAAAAAAUUUUGUUUUUGACUUAUUUUAGUAAAGGAUAUAGCAGUUUCUGUUAAUAAUGUACUUCAGUUUACACAUGACUGACUGGUCUCUCCGUUAUUCUCCAGAUACGGUCGCUUGUAUUGUAGUAUUCUUGAUGGUACUUUGGAAAGAGGUGGAAAUGCCAACAAUGAAGGUUAAUAUAGACGGUGAAUUUGUCAACAAGCCUUUUUUCGAAGUCAACAGUCGAUUGGAGCACGAGGAUUACUUGGGUAUGUCAACAAAGGAAUCAGUUUGGGUUGAGGAAAGCAAUUAUUGGCUUGGGCCUAGACCUAAAAAGGGGCUUACUAGGAUCGGGCUUUGGCUGUGCCGAAGAAAAUUUGAAAACUGCUGGUACUCAAAAGUCGGCCCAAGGGCCUGGGAUCUAAAGUAAGGUCUGAGGGGUCUAGUUGAAGUCUCGCAACGAAAGAUUUGACUUAUCUUACAAACGUAGGCCUAAAACAAGGCUCGGCUCUUAAUCCUAGCCGAAAAGUUGGGCUUGGUUUGUUUACAGGUUGAUGAUCAGCAGAUUAUCAGACUAACAUUGCUAUGUAUUAGAGAAGUUCAUAACAAUGUCUAUAUAUAUCUAAACUCGUAAAAUAAUGUACUAUUAGGUUACACGUACUUAAGCCAAUAUAAUUCUAGAAAUUCUCCACGAAUACACAGAAAUAUGGAAGAACAAUAGAGAGAAUCCAGUCUUGGCUGUUUACAAGUUCCGUGAUGAUACAAUCAGGCUUCGAAGAGGAUAA